AAAUUUAGGUUAUUGAGAUUUAUAAACAUUGAAAAUUAUGUAGUUAAUUAAUAGGGUUAUGUUUAUGAAACAUUAAAGAGCAUGUUCGUUUAAUAAAGUAAUUUUCAACAAAAAAUACAUUAUUGUCAUACAAAAUAAUGAACAAGUUCAAUAUUUAGGGAGCAGAUUUCUGAUAUUAAUGAGAAAAUUUUAUUAAACUAUUGUAUUUAAAAAACAACUAAAUCAUGGCCGAGGCUAAUAAAAGUGAUGUAAAAUCCCCAAUGACCGAAGAGGAGAGAUUAGAGUUGUGCCAGAAGCUAGACAAAGAGCUAGAUGAAUUUAUAGACAGCUUAGAAAAGAGGAGGUAUACCGAGGGUUGGCCUGAAGAUAGAUGGGAGGAGGAAAUGGACAAACAUCCAUUUUUUAUGAAGUCGACUCCUGAAAAUGGUGAGCUUUCUCCACUGGCAGAGGGUCUCGCAAAUCUCAAGUUUGAUCCAGAAGAAAACACACCUGUUGAACUAGCUACUAAUUACAAAGAGGAUGGAAAUUUCAAUUUCAAACACAAGAAUUAUAGACUUGCAAUAUUAGGGUACACCGAAGGUAUAAAACAAAGAUGUGAUAAUGCUGAGAUUAAUGCCAGUUUGUACAACAACCGUGCUGCUGCCCACUGGCACUUAAAGAACUUCAGAUCUGCACUCGGAGACAGUGAAAAAGCGUUAUCUUUCAGUCCAAAUCAUACUAAAGCUAAAAUACGAGCUGCUAAGUCAGCAUUUCAAAUAGCAAAGUACCAGACCUGUAUAAAAUACUGUGAAGAAAUCUUAGAAAAUACAAAGGAUAAGGAAAUUUCUGAACUCCUGAGUAAUGCUAAGAAAAAGAAAAUAAUAAUGGAAAGAGAUCAAAGGAAACAGGCUCGUAAUAUACAAAAUAUUACGGAGCAAAAAGACGCGGUACUCAAAGCCAUAAUAGAACGAGGAAUCAAAAUAUCCAAUUGUGAUGACGAAGAUGACAUUGACCUCUCGAAACUUGAGCCAAGUCUUCCUGGAGCUCACGAUGCAAUAGUACACGUGGAAGAUGGAUUACUAAAAUGGCCCGUGUUAUUUUUAUAUCCAGAAUACCAAAUGACUGACUUCGUACGUGGUUGCCCUGAGAAUGUGCCGCUUUCUUGUCAGUUGGAGCAGCUAUUCCCAGCUCCGUGGGACGAAAAAAAUAAAUACAGUGUUGCCAGUGUAAAUGUUUAUUUCGAAGGUUACGUUAAAAUGCCGCACGUCAUAGAUCCGUCAAAGAAUUUGGGGGAUCUGCUGGUAACGAAAUAUUUCGAAUUGAGAGCCGGCACCCCAGCGUUUUUCGUGUUGCCGCGCGGUAGCAAGAUCGAAAGUCGAUUUUUGGAAAAUUAUAUUUAGUGCUACUUUUUUUACAUUUGACGUUAAUUUUAUUGCAAUAUAAUAAACGUUUUUA